AUGGAUCGCCAACAAAACUUCAACAGAGAUAGACUUCUCUGUGGACAAGGAGGAUCUGUAUUUGGAAACUACAAGGUGAUCAUUGUGUGUCUUGGACUGCUGAAUGCCGUGUUAUUCAUAGCUGCCAUUGUUCUUGGUGUUAAAUGUGCUCAAGCCAAACAAGACUCUCUCCAGGUUUCCCACUCAGCUGCAUUUCAGGUCAUCAGUGAGGUCACUUUUCUUCGCAGCAACCACAGCGAUGUGGUCGGAGCUGAAAACCAAGCCAUGAGAGCACUGGCAAACGCAAUAAAAAAUCACACUCAACUGAAGGAGAAAAUUGAGCAGCAAAAGAUCGUUAAUGAUGGAUAUCAAAAGCAGGUGGAAGCUCUGCAAGCGGAGAAGACACACCUACAGGCCAACAUGUCGGCCUUAGGUUUAACUUGUGGCAAAUGUCCCCUUGGAUGGCUUAUUUUCAACUCGAGCUGCUAUUUCUUUUCUUACACUGAGUCCACUACUGUGAAGAAAAACUGGUAUAAAAGCAGAGAGGACUGCAUCCAACGUGGAGCUGAUCUUGUUGUGAUUGAGAACCAGCAGGAACAGAAAUUUAUCAGUCAUACUAUUAAUGAUAUGAGAAGUGGUCAACAUGUUUGGGCAAGUGGAUUCUGGAUUGGCCUCACAGAUAUGGAUACAGAGGGAACUUGGGUUUGGCUUAAUAAUGUCACAGAGGUCGAACAAAGGUAUUGGAUGGAUGGGGAACCAAAUGACAUGCACACAGGCGAGGACUGUGGCGUUGCAGUUUACAGCGACGAGAAUCCUUGGAAGACACGCUAUGACUGCGACUGUCGCCAGAGACAGUUACAAUGGAUAUGUGAAAUCAACCAAAGCUGAAAACAUGUGAAGCAGUUGCUUGCACUGCCAAAAAUAAAGGAUUUCAGUUCCAAAAAUAUUUACUUUUUACUGGCUUUGAAAUGUUCUUAUUAUGAUUUUAAGGUGUUCAGAGUUUUGACACCAGUAUUUUUACCAAUAUUGGAUCUUGUGAACACAGUUACCUUCCAUAGUUCAGCAUUACAACAUCAACAAGCCAUUUGGAGAAAGAGAAAGUGUCACAUAAUUGUGAUUGUGUUUGUGUUCAGAUUUAAAAAACAAUAUAUGAGCUGUCGUGGUCAUUAGUACUUUGAUUUUGUAUUAUGGUUAUUUUGUGUGUGAUUUUGGUUUUGUCACUGUUAGCUAUAGCUCUCCAGUUCAUUCCACAGGUUUAAAACCUUUAGUUCUUGUGUCAUGUAAUUUCCAUAUUUCUAUAUGUAUUUUGAUUCUGAAUCAA